CUUCUAACAGCUAACCGUUGGCUCUAACCUGUCAGACUCCUGCGCGCUAGCAUACAUUAACACGGUCUUGCUGUGAUUGUGUGGUUAUAUUUAUACAGAGGGAUGGUUAGCUCACUUGAAACGUAUUUGUUAUUAAUAUUUAAAUCUUACCAUGCUGUAUGUUUUCGCGAAAACUUCUUGUUUGGCUGUUCAACCUUCUGAAACGAGGAGUCAAAUCAACCGCCAUCGUGAGCUCUCCGUGUGACUUUAUUACCCCUGCGUAUGAAAUGGUUUCGCCCGGUUGUCAUCGGAGCCAGCUGGGGCAGAGAAAGACCUUUAAACAGAGACAGGAGCAUUACAGGACGACGACGAUUCUUCCCUUCAGAGUUGAGCUAUUUUGGGAUAUAUAGUCUCCCUUUUUUGGAGAUUGAAUGAGCUUCAGCCCAAGAUGCCUCUAAACGAUGAGCGACCUCCGUCCACGUCCAGCGGAGACGACCAGGACGUGGAGUCGUCCUCAGAGCGCUGUGACAGCAUGACGUCCACCAGCGACCUGGACUGUUCCCGGGAAAGCUUCACCAGCGACUGCUCCAGCAAGCACUGCACACCUUCCUCUAGCCCGCCAAAAACCUUAACGAUGGAUGAAGUCAUGGAGUCUGCCAGAGACCUGUCCAACCUCAGACUGGCCCACGAGAUUAUAGUCAACCGCAACUUCCACCUGGAGCCGGGCAGCCUGCCCCAGGACAGUUUAUGGAAGGCAGUUAAAGAUAAUCUGCACAAGGCCUUCUGGGACGUCCUGGAGACCGAGCUAAACGACGACCCGCCUGAAUACGGGCAAGCCAUCAGAUUAUUGGAGGAUAUCAGAGAGAUUUUACUGUCGUUCCUUAAUCCGGGUGCCAAUCGGAUGCGUACCCAGAUUAUGGAGGUUCUGGACAUGGACCUGAUUCGUCAGCAGGCUGACAACGAUGCUGUAGAUAUUCAAGGGCUCGCCUCUUAUAUUAUCACCACCAUGGGCAAGAUAUGUGCCCCGCUGAGGGACGGGGACAUCAGGAAGCUCAGAGAAAGCUCCGAUAACAUCGUGACACUGUUCAGGGAAGUCUUCCGUGUUCUGGACCUGAUGAAAACAGACUUUGUCAACUUUGAGAUCGAUAACCUGAGGCCGGUGCUGCAGAGGGCCAGUGUUGAAUAUGAGAGAGCAACGUUUCAGGAGAUCCUGGACAAAACACCCAAUGCUUUGAAGCACACGACCUCGUGGAUCCAGUCAGCGCUGGAGGAGCUGUCGUCCUCCGUCCCUAAAGGACAGAACGGUCCCGAGAAAGGACCGAGACUAGUGCCGGGACCCUUUCAGGUCCUCAACACGGCCUUCCUCCACAUCCUCACAUGGGACUAUGAGACGGACCCACUGCCUGAGACGUGGAUGACUGAUGAACAGCGCCUGCGAGAGAUCCAGUGGCAGCUGCAGCGGUGUGAGGCGGUGAACGAGGUUCUGCUCAUCAUCUACAGCACCGUCGGAGAACCAAUCCAGGGUCUGUCCUCCCUAUCAGACCGCCUGAAGAAGAUGAUCAGCGUGCUGCUGGACGGGAUGCACCGCCCGAGCUUUAACCUGGAAGAGGCACUAGAGGGCGUCAGUGCUCAGAUCUGCUGUGAGCUCAACAAGUCUCUAACAGAGAGGAACUACCCGGCUCUGUCCCCGGCGCUGCAGGCCACCCUCACAGGACAGAUCUGCAGCAUCACGCAGAGGGACAACCCCAUCCGCACGCUAGUCGAGGACCGUGUGCAGCAGUACUUCCUGGCCCUCAUCUGUGAUCCUAAACCGCAGGUCAGACUUGAACAGGUUCCAACUGGCUUGACUGCCAUAAAGCCUGAACUUGCAUUUAUGGGAGCAAAGUUCGUCUCGCUGGUUAACUACAACAAGACUGUCUAUGGACCUUACUACGCCGACAUCAUCAGGAAGCUGAUGUUCAGCAGCAGCAGCAGUCCACCAGCACCAGCAGCAGCGAACCCUCCUCAGGACUCUGUCACCUCCAAAUAAAACCAAACUUCAGCUCCUGCAGUCUAUCAAGAGUCUUUUUGCUACUAGCUAGAGCUAAAGCUAAGGAGGUACUACAGCUGCUUCGCUCCGGCCGGUGUACAUCAAUAGUUGGAGUUCCCUUCAUUGUAUUGUAAAUGUAUUUUCUAUCUCUACAUUUAGCAGUGAAGGCAGUUCUGUGUAGGCGCCACGCAGUAGACAUUUAAUGUGACCUGCAUCCUUUGUGGUUAAAAUGCUCUACAGUGUGCUCUCCUUUGAAUAUUUACAGCUUCAAAACCAGAAAACCAGUGUUACAGUGAUCCAUUUCUGAACCUAAUAACAAUCCCUGUGUUAUAAAUUAAAGAGUCUGUUAUUGUGGAGUGAGUCAGGUAGUCUAGAC